AAAAAAAACAAAUCACAUCCCCAACAAGAUGUUCCAUCGCCACAAGUCUGGAAUUUAUCUCCCGCUUCUUGCCCUUCUUGCUUUUUCGCUCGUGCUAAUUUUUGUUCACAUUCACGCCAAGGAAUUUGAUGUGAAGAAUUUAGCAAGAACAACCACGGAACAAGAUUGUACUAGGAAACAAUUCGUUUUUAUACCUACACCUGAUAGUUCUCAUGUUAGAGAUAUGUCAGAUGUUGCAAAAGCUACAAGUUUGAUUUUAAAUGCCAAAUGUAAAGGAUUUAAUAUUUCCCAAGUUAAAGUUUUGACAGUUUUUAUAUGGAAGAGUGUGUUGGAAGAAAUUGCCAAUAAUUCAAUGAGUGAAUAUUUCCCACAUGAGCAAUAUUUCACUCCAACUUUGAUGUAUGAUAUUAAGGAUUCGAAAGUUAAAGCUAAAUUGAAAGAAAUGGAUGGUUUUAGAAAGAGUGAAACUUCCAAAAUGAAAAGAUAUGUCAUGGGUAUCGAUAUCUUGUCAGUUGCCUAUUCAACUAUCAUUCAAACAAUUGAUAACAUGUUUGAACAAGAUUCUGAAAUGAGGUCAAUUAAGGAAGAACGUCCAGAAGAUAUUUUAUUUGUGAUUGACAUGACAGCUCAUUCAGCAGUUGAUUACGUCCAAAGAGAAGGUUUUAAUUUUGUCAUUGUAAACAUUAUGCCAUCUGUCAUUUUCAAUCACCACACUCCUCAAUAUAUUGGCAGAUUUCCCUUCACCACAACAAGUCUUGCAAAACUUGAAAGAAUUUACAGAGAAGAAGGAAUUUUCAAAUAUUUACUGACACGUCUCUAUGAAGAAGUUUACAUCCAAGGUCAAAUUAUUCUCCAGGGAAUUAAAUCGAUUCAAGAAUUGAAUUCUGACAGGCGAGCAAACAACAUGACAGAAAAGAAUGAAAUUUUAUUCACAACCUCAGAAAAAACUUUCAUUCACUUUACAGCUCCUGGAGUUUUGGAUUAUAGUUAUGCAAUUUCACAUAAUAAUCGAUUUGUUGGUUAUAAGGCAAAAUCAAAGAAGGAUCACAAACUUGUUGGAAAACCAAAAUUAUUCGACAAUUUGGGAGAAUCUAAUUUUACAAUGUUCAAUGAGAAGAAUGAUAAUUUAAUGGAUGAUGAGAUGGUGGCAUGGUUGGAUGAUCAAUUGGAAAGAAAAUUCUCAAUUGUUUAUGUGGCCUUUGGAACUAAAUUGGAAAUUUCUCAUGAACACAUUACAACAAUUUUGAAUUUUAUUGUAAAAUCUGAUGAGAAUAUUCGAGUUAUUUGUGUUCAUGAAGGACAUGCCAAGUUAAAUUUGUCUGAAUCAGUUUCUAGUAAGAUUCUGUUCCAAACAUGGGUCAAUCAGGAGUUAAUUCUUUCACAUUCGGCUACUUCAGUUUUUGUAACACAUGCAGGAGCUCACUCACUAUUUGAAGCAGUUGAUAAUCAGGUUCCAAUUUUGACAUUCCCAAUAUUUGCCGAUCAAUUUUCCAACUCUGUUCGUUCAGAAGAUUUAGGAUUUGGAUUUGACAUUUCUGAAGAUAUUUACAAUCGAGAUGAAAAGUCAUUUGUCAAGAGCAUGAAAACAGUUUUGAGAGAUAGAAUGGAAAUUAAGAAGAGAAUGAGAGAAAUUAUGAGAAUUAAUCAAAAUGCUGCCAAGUUGAGCAUUUCAACAAUUCAAAGUUUUGGAGAAUCAUUCAAGAAUGUCACUGAAAUAGUUUCGAAUAAUGUGCUGACUGCUGGUGAAAUUAUCAUUGAUGUUGCUUUUGAUCAUUUGGAUGAACAUUUGAGAGAUGUUUCCACCAAACUUUCUUGGUAUAUUCAACUUAAUAUUCCAUUGAUUUUCGUUAGCUCAAUUGCUCUUUCACUUCUUUUCCUAACUUUCAGAUGUUGUUUUGGAAGAAUUAAGAUUGAAAACAUGAAAAAGAAAUAAAACACUUUCUGAUGAAAGUCCACAUUCAAUAUGUGACAC